AACAGCGGAAGUGGUGUCGUUCGUGCCCGUCGACUUCCUACUCCCCAAAACUGACACGCAUUCACCGGCCAACUUGGCUCGUUUUAUGUGUCCCCACCCCGCCGGUUCACUUCUGUAGCUGCUGGCGCUGGUUUAUGAUCGGCUUUUUGCUCGGUAGCGUGUCUCAGAGGGCGAAGAGCUUUUUGUACCGGGUGUCACUCGUGAUGAAGCCGCAGGUCGUGUUCGUGCUGGGCGGGCCUGGAGCAGGCAAAGGGACCCAAUGCUCCAAAAUCGUGGAGAAUUACAACUACACCCAUUUGUCGGCUGGGGACUUGCUGAGGGCAGAGCGAUCCCGAAAGGAGUCAGAGUUUGGACAGCUCAUUGACAACUACAUCAAGGAGGGCAAAAUUGUCCCUGUGGAGAUCACCAUCAACUUACUCAGGAAGGCAAUGGAAGAGACCAUGCAGAAAGACGAUAAAAAGUUCCGUUUCCUCAUAGAUGGUUUCCCCCGAAACGAGGACAACCUUACGGGGUGGGACACCGUUAUGGUUGGCAAAGCAGAUGUCAAAUUUGUGCUUUUCUUUGACUGCAGCAAUGAGGUUUGCAUCGACAGAUGUCUAGAAAGAGGGAAGAGCAGUGGACGCACAGAUGACAACAGAGAAAGCUUGGAGAAAAGAAUCCAAACUUACCUGCAGUCUACGCGACCAAUCAUUGAACUGUAUGAGAAACGCGGCAAAGUGCACACUGUAGACGCCUCUCGCUCCUUGGAUAAGGUGUUUGCUGAUGUGAAAGUCGUCCUCGACAAAGAGGGUUGAGGUUCCCCAACUGCCAACAACAUUCACUUAUCUACUUUUUUUUUAGUUUUCUUUAUCAACUGCAAGUACACUAUAACACGUUGAUAUGUCCAUUCAUAUGACUUUUCCCUCCUUUUGGUUACAUAUUUCCAUCUAUUUGUGUGUGUGUGUGUGUGUGUGUGUGUGUGUGUGUGUGUGUGUGUGUGUGUGUGUGCACAAUAUGUAUUGGUAUGAAUGAGAAGUAGCGUUGCCGAACAUCUAGUUCAUGCUCACAAGAGUUAUGCUCAUCAUAGUUUGAGGCCUUUGCCUAAGAACAAAGUGUAUAAUUAACUUAGACACUUCUUUUGUCAAAGCUCUAGCAGUUAAAGUCUCCACAAAAAUGUUAUCCUCAGAGUAUCAUGCCACUGGAAGCAGCCAUAAUGCUGUAGACCAAAUAGUUUGAGCUGAUGACGACAGACUGGGAUCGAUUUAAGACUAAACAUCCAAUAGCCUCCAAAUAAAAUGCAUGAACCAUCUGUCUCAUGUUGAAUGGGCAGGAGCAGGCGCUUUUCUGCCAUGUAGAGUUAUCAGGUAGAUGUUUGUAUCACAGCGCCUCGAUGUGCUUCAUCACAGAUAUGACACUUGUGACUAAUCACAGAGAAAACAUGAAGAUGACAAUUUGUUAACUCUGUACUGUAUCUGCUUGAUGGAAAAGUAAAAACGUUUACUUUU